UCUUCGGGAAGUUCAGCCUGCCAACAUCAACAACACCAGAGACGUCGCCGUCAGCGCCUUCUUCAGUUCACGCACACACACGUCAGGCCUCGCCCUCCAACAUCCCGUCCCCUAGUCCUCCCCCACCUCCUCCUACUCCUCCUACGAAGUCCUCGUUCUAGUCACGGCUGCCUUCUGCUGCGCCUUCGUCGACGACUUCCUCGAGACAGACCAGAGGACUUGAGGCUAUCGAACCGAUUCGUUUACAACAAGAUGGCUUUUAAGGGCGCGAUCAUUCUCUUCGUCAUAAGCGUUGCCGCUUUCUCUUCGACCUCCGCCUUGGUAAAGCCCAGUAUCGGCAAGGAUGUCAAGAAGGCCGAAGACGAGGCCGACCCCAGGCUCUUCUUUAUACCCAUCACGGCUACGGCCGGCACCGACACCUCCAUCUCGAUCAGUUACGGCACCAUAGCCCUCUACGGCCUCCUCCUCAUUGCUGCCAUAGCAGUGGCCAUCGCCGUUCCGAUCGCCGUGGGCGUCGGGAUUUAUAAGAAGUACGAGGGUUCAGACUAUACCGGCACGGGAUACGACACGGCUCCAACUUACGGUUACGAGACGGGUCCCUACCGCUCCUCCAUCCACAGGUCCUUGGAGGACGCCGCCGAAAAAUACAACUGAGGUUUCGAAGGACGCUUAGGAUUCCUCAAGGCCGACUGUAGGAUUUCAUUUGAUAGACUUCUCUGUGGUUGCUUCCUGACUGUUAACCGUUUAUUUAUUCGAUAUUUCUUUCUAUUUAUUGUGCAAUUGUUCACGGUGUCGUCUUUAUUAUUGCGCGAGAAGAUCCACUGACCAAAAGGAUUGAGGUUCCCAAGGAUUCUUUGAUCUCCUUGGAUGUGAUAGGCUUUGCCGUCUUUGUUUCCUGCGUAUAUAUACAUUUAUCUAUUUAUUUAUUUAUUUAACCAUUCAUUAUGUAUAUUACAACACAUUACAUUUCUUUAGUUUCUGUCUUAAUUUAUUUUAGAGUUUGCUUUAAUUUAUAUCUUGUUAUUCCUUCCAUUUCCAUCUCCAAUUCCAUUAGCAAAUUAACGAUUCCGUAAUGUAUGAAAGACAAUGACAAUCUUAUAAGAAUAGUCAUAGACUGAAACUAUUCUUUAAGAUCAGAAGUAAUGUUAAAUAGCGCAGAUUUUUCAUUUAUUUUAUUUAUUACUCUUCAUAUGAUAAUAAGAAAACUUUUCGGUAGGUUUUUUUUAACCUGAAAGGGAGAAUUAAUUUUUUCUUUAUAGAUGUUCACAAAGAAAGGAUUAUUCCACAAUUUUGUAGAUUUCAAAUGACAGGCAUUGGAUACCUUAUAGAAACAUGAAUCUGCUUCGUGGCUUCAUUAUGUAAACAAUUUUAUAACUUCACGUUAAAAGGUGAGAAAAAAAAUCUCUUGCUGCCAAUGACAUAAUAAAACAUUUUCUUUUCCGAGACUUUGUAAUAUCAGUAAAGAACUUAUGACUUUUAUUCGUUGCUAAAAUCAGUCUGCGACUGAGAAAUACAAUGACUGACGCAAUACGUUGAUUUCCAUAUUCAAAGACAUAAAAGCUUCCUGAUUCCUGUAUGACUGCGAGUUCACUGACUGACACAGAACUGGUUUACCGAUUCUGACUGAUUCCACGACAAUUUUAAUGACUGAUGCCACGGCGUGUCAGAAUCAGCGACUGAUUCCACGGCUUAACAAUUCCUAUGACGGACGCAGGACAUGUUUCCUCAUACCAAGACGAAGCCUUCGACAUACUUUCUCCGACAUUUCCCCAGUGAUAGAGGUUGAACAAAGACAUUCUUCUGCUUCUUCUUCUCCUUCUUCUUCUCCUUCUUCGCUGACCAACAUAUCUCAGACCCCGAAGCAAGUGACUCUUCAUGCUUUAAUGGACAUUGUCUCAUGUUUACAGAGAAAGAAAGAAAACGUGAUUAAUUCAAAACUUAAAGGAAGGAGGAGGAAAGCAUAAUUAUCUGAAAUCUCGAUAAAAAUAAGAUGAUAAAUUUAACGGGGCCAGCUCGUCUUACCAUGAUGCCGUCGACUGACUUAUUACGCGGUUUCUUUUUUUUUUUUUUUUUUUUGUUCUUAUGCUCUUUCUUAUCUGCGUCAUAUUUACAACGGUGAAAUUCAUCCGCUCAUUUUUUUUAAAUGCUAACUGCUCAAUUUUACAUCAUCGUGUACCUUAACAGUGUAAAACAUCGGUAAUUUUUGUAGAAUCGCUGUUUAUUAUACAUAAUAUUAAGAUGUUAUUUCUUCAUACGACAUCAGAGAAUUUUUUUUUUAGUUUAUUUAUUCAUAAGCUGACUCAUCGCCGUCACGGCUUUGCAACAUCACCGUGCAUAUUGCAGGGAGCUGGUUGUACGCAUAUUCUUGUAUUCCUUAGUGACGCCAGUUUUCGUUGUCAUAAGGCAAUCAAUCAAUCUUGUAUUCCUGACCUACAGAGAGUUCUGUAAUCCGUUGUUUGUACGUUUUGUUUUGUAUUUUCUCUAAAAUCAGUGAUGUAUAUAGCAUAUAUAUAUGUGUAUAUGUAUCUACAUAUAAAUAUAUUUAUAUAUAUACAAAUAUUUAUACAUGUAUAUUUUCAUAAAUAUAUAUGUAUAUAUAAGCAAAUAUCACAGGAAAAAUAAGAGAUAA